GUGGGAGCCGCCGAGAGCGGUGGGCUCGCCACCUACGGGAUCCGCGGUGAGCGGCGGGGGCGCGCCGAGUCCGCGUGCCGGCAGAAUGUCCCUGGCUGCUUAUUGUGUCGUCUGUUGCAGAAGAAUAGGAACUUCAACUCCUCCACCAAAAAGCAACACGUACUGGAGAGAUAUCAGAAAUAUAAUAAAGUUUACUGGAUCACUGAUUUUAGGAGGUUCUUUAUUUCUGACAUAUGAAGUUCUGGCCCUGAAGAAGUCUUUGACAUUAGAUACUCAAGUGGUAGAAAGAGAAAAAAUGAAGUCAUACAUAUAUGUGCACACAGUUUCUUUAGAUAAAAGAGAAAAUCAUGGAGUUACCUACCAGGCCAGAAAAGAGCUUCAUAAAGCAGUAAGAAGAGUAUUGGCAACGUCAGCCAAGAUAUUAAGGGGUCCAUUUGCUGACCCUUUUAGUACAGUUGAUGCAGAAGAUCACGAAUGUGCUGUGUGGCUGCUCCUGAGGAAGAGUAGGCUGGAUGACAGGACAGCGCGAUUGCAGGCUGUGCAGGAAAUGUCAGAGACCCACCACUGGCAUGAUUACCAGUAUAGGAUAAUUGCUCAAGCCUGUGAUCUGAGAACUCUUAUUGGUUUGGCACGAAGCAAAGAGAGUGAUCUUCGCUUUUUUCUCCCACCACCUCCUUUGCCAUCUUUAAAAGAAGAUUCUUCCAUUGAAGAAGAGCUCAGACAGUUGCUGGCUUCUUUACCUCAGACAGAGCUAGAUGAGUGUAUCCAGUAUUUUACAUCUUUGGCUCUGAGCGAAAGUAGUCAAAGUCUAGCUGCUCAGAAGGGUGGCUUGUGGUGUUUUGGAGGAAAUGGACUUCCCUAUGCCGAAAGCUUUGGAGAAGUUCCUUCAGCCACAGUGGAAAUGUUCUGUUUAGAAGCUUUAGUAAAACAUUCUGAGAUAUCCACACAUUGUGAUAAAAUUGAAGCAAAUGGAGGCUUGCAACUACUUCAGAGGCUGUACCAACUUCACAAGGACUGCCCUAAAGUGCAGAGAAAUAUAAUGCGUAUCAUUGGAAAUAUGGCUUUGAAUGAACAUCUUCAUUCUACUAUAGUUCGCUCAGGCUGGGUUUCCCUAUUGGCAGAAGCAAUGAAGUCUCACCACAUCAUGGAGGCCUCGCACGCCGCCAGAACGCUGGCUAAUCUAGACCGAGAGACUGUGCAAGAAAAGUACCAGGACGGCGUGUAUGUGCUCCAUCCCCAGUACCGCACAAGUCAGCCCAUUAAAGCAGAUGUCCUUUUUAUUCACGGCCUUAUGGGAGCAGCAUUCAAAACGUGGCGCCAGCAGGACAAUGAGCAGCAGGAUUUAACUGACAGGGUUUCAGAGGAUGAAGCCAGGUACACAACAUGUUGGCCCAAGACAUGGUUAGCAGGAGACUGUCCCGCUCUCCGAAUUAUAUCUGUGGAGUAUGACACCAGCCUUAGCGACUGGAGAGCAAGGUGCCCUAUGGAAAGAAAGUCCAUUGCAUACAGGAGCAACGAACUUCUUAGGAAGCUCCGAGCUGCUGGUGUUGGGGAUAGGCCAUUGAUUUGGGUAUCACACAGCAUGGGAGGUCUUCUUGUCAAAAAGAUGCUGUUGGAAGCCUCUAAGAAGCCAGAAAUGAGUGCUGUUACAAACAACACCAGAGGAAUAAUUUUUUAUAGCGUCCCUCAUCAUGGGUCCCAUCUGGCUGAAUACUCUGUUAAUAUUCGCUAUCUUCUCUUUCCCUCUUUGGAAGUCAAAGAACUCAGCAAGGAUUCUCCUGCACUUAAAACACUACAGGAUGACUUUCUGGAAUUUGCUAAAGACAAACACUUCCAGGUGCUGAAUUUUGUGGAAACAUUACCAACCUACAUUGGUAGCAUGAUUAAACUCCAUGUGGUGCCCGUGGAAUCGGCAGAUUUAGGCAUUGGAGAUCUAAUUCCUGUGGAUGUUAACCACUUGAACAUUUGUAAGCCAAAGAAAAAGGAUGCUUUUUUGUACCAACGUACCUUACAAUUCAUCCGUGAAACUUUAGCCAAAGACCUUGAAAACUGACCGUUGUCUUCUUCCGUUUUUCAUAUGUGAACACAGUGCAAGAAACUUGGUGUUCUCUUUCUCUCUUUAAGCUCUAAGCAAUCAUGCAAACAUAGUCCCUGUGGC